AUGACCAAGAACAACGCACCCAACCCCAAGUCGUACCAGGCUGACCGCGACUCGGCCUCGCGUCAGACCGUCUACACCGCCAGCAAUGGUGCCCCCGUCGCUCACCCCUACGCCGCCCAGCGCGCAGGUAACGGUGGCCUCCUCCUCCAGGACUUCCAGCUCAUCGACCUCCUUGCCCACUUUGACCGCGAGCGUAUCCCCGAGCGUGUCGUCCACGCAAAGGGCUCGGGUGCUCACGGUAUCUGGGAGUCGCUCGAGGGCGCCGAGGACCUGUCGUGUGCCGAUUUCAUGAAGAAGGGUAGCACUUGCCCCAUCACCAUCCGUUUCUCAACUGUUGGUGGCGAGAGCGGUUCCAGCGACCAGGCUCGCGACCCCCGUGGCUUUGCAGUCAAGUUUAAGACUGCCGAGGGCAACUUUGACUUUGUUGGCAACAACACUCCCGUGUUCUUCCUUCGCGACCCGGCCAAGUUCCCCCACUUCAUCCACACUCAGAAGCGUCACCCUGCCACCCACCUCGGUGGCGGUGACGACUCGACCAUGUUCUGGGACUACCUCUCAAACAACCCCGAGUCGAUCCACCAAGUCAUGAUCCUCAUGUCCGACCGCGGCAUCCCUGACGGCUUCCGUCACAUGCACGGCUACUACGGCCACACUGUCAAGCUCGUCAACAAGGCCGGCGAGUGGGUCUACGCUCAGCUUCACCUCAUCUCGAACCAGGGCAUCAAGACGCUCACCAACGAGGAGGCUGGCAAGCUCGGGCCCGACCACGGCCAAAAGGACCUGUACGAGGCCAUUGAGCGCGGCGACCACCCCAGCUGGACGCUCAAGGUCCAGACCAUGACCCAGGACCAGGCAGUCGACGCGUGGGAGAACAAGGGCAUCAACGUCCACGAUCUGACCCACAUCUGGCCUCACGCAGACUACCCCCUCCGCGACAUUGGCAAGAUUACCCUCACCACCAACGCGUCCAACUACUUUGCCGAGGUUGAGCAGGCUGCAUUCAGCCCCUCGCACAUGGUUCCGGGCAUCGAGCCCAGUGCCGACCCCGUCCUCCAGUCGCGCCUCUUCUCGUACCCCGACACUCACCGCCACCGCCUCGGUACCAACUACCACCAGCUGCCCGUCAACCAGCCCGUGACUGGCUACCAGCCUGCCAGCUUCCAGCGUGACGGCCCCAUGGCCUUUUACAACCAGGGUGGCCGUCCCGGUUACCUCUCGACCAUUGACCCCGUCUCGUUCCUGCCGCCCAAGGUCAACGUCAACAAGGUGCACGGUAACUUUGUCGGUCAGGCCGUUCAGUUCCUCGCAGAGGUCCGGCCCGAGGACUUUAACGCGCCCCGCAACCUCUGGACCAAGGUGUUCAGCGAGGGCGAGCGCGAGCGUCUCAUCAAGACCGUGUCGGGCCACAUGAGCACUUGCAAGGACAAGGAGAUUAUCCGUCGCCAGAUUGCCAUCUUCCGCGCCGUCCACCCCGACAUUGGUACCCGCCUCGAGAAGGCCACGGGCAUCAAGGGCCACCAGUCGCUCAUCGGCGUCCAGUUUAACGGCUCGACCAACGCUCUGGACACAGGCCGCUCCAUCCCCGCAAACAACGUCCGCGGCAUCAACGAGGGCGUCCCCAACAACGGCGCGGUCCAGCGUCCCGCCAAGCUCUAA